CAUUUUGAUCGGAUGGCAGGUGAUUCCAUCAUUAGCAAGGCGCACAGCUAGAAAAAGGGAGCGUACUGGACGGCAGCCUAUAGGCUUUACAGCUGUCAUAAGUCUGCCGUACCUAAAAUUCUGCCACAACGAUGGACUACUUCAGCAAGCUGGCGCGCCGCAUGAGCGGGCAGCCAGAGUCAAGUCGCAGCCGAUCAUCUGGCGGCGGCGGCGACAACAGCAGCAGCGCCACAUAUGGGCUCGCCAGCAGCUCCAGAAGCGUCUUGGGAACAGCGAUAGCGGGUAAACGGCGGGAGCGCCAGCAAGACGCCAUGUCUACCUUUAUGCGAAAUUGGGAGAUGAUCAAACUUGGGCUCGAAACUCCGGACCAACGGUCGCUACAUUACGGAAUCGCUCGCACAGACCUUGCGCAACGGAUACAAGCCCUGACGGACAGCAUGGUCUUUGAGCACAACCGUAUCGACGAGGACAGCACGGGGUCUUGCAUGGAAUACGUACUCCGAGCUGAUGUCUUAGGGACACUCGUCCAGCUGAGUGAAGACGACAAACCUGCCGGUAUCAAAAAGGAGGUGAUCCGCGCAUUCGCGAACCUGACUAUUCUUCUCGAUGAACGCUUUCUCUACCGUCAGGCGGUGCACCAAGCUAUUCUGAGACUCAUGUCCACCUGCAUCGGUGACGAGGAUGAGGAUGAGUUGAUGGAUGAAGCGGAGUGGAUGCUGAUGGACGAGGAGCGUGCGUCUGCACGCUUUGCGAAGAGUGCAGGCGUCCAAGGGCAGGACUACGAGGAGGAUCUGGUGGACUUGCUUUGUCACAUCUGCAGCCGAGUGCGGAACGCGCCAGAGCUUUUGAGCAUCUUUUUGAAGCCAAAGAGGGUCAAUGGAGAAGCUCGGAAUCAGGAGGUUCCCAUCCGGCCACCCUCGCCUGCUGGGUCCGACUCGUCCGCUUCAACAUUGCGUGCAGGACAGACGUCGCGGGGCGAUACAUCACCUCAGAAUGGUGCCCGAGCACAGUCACAGUCUCCGUCAGUACCAGCGAAAGAAGAGAUACCGGCGGCAUUCGACUUCCCCAUCUUCACUUACCUGCUUCGCUUCAUUCAUCGUGAAGGCAAGAUUGGUGAGGUCGCCCGAGCCGGGGCGCUCUUUUGUAUCAACCUGGCCAUGGGCAAGAGUGCAUUUGCAAGUGCUGCCUCUUGUCGGAGCUCUCUGGGGCUUAAGGAGAAAGGUUCCGAGGAUGUUACAAGGUCUGCAUCUCGAGACAGGUCCGAUCCCACGCUCGCCCUUGCACACAUGAUCUUGGAGUCUGACUUUGCGGAGGUGUUUGGCGCCAGCCUAGGCGCAGUGUACGGCCUUCUCCCUUCGAAGCUCGCCAUACGGCCUCAGCUGGCAUCUGACACAUGUGUCGAGGGUGAGGGCACUCCGCAGACGCUAGGCAUGUCCAUCGGCUCUGGGCCAAAAGGUGAAAAAGAGAAGGUUGAGUUCUCGAUGCAGCUCCGUGCGCAGGGCAUUGAGUACAACGAUUCGCCAUUCGUACGAGCCCAGGUCAAGGUGCUUGAGAACCUACUUGAUUUCGCGCAAGAUGUGUUCGAUGCAACCCUCGAAGUUACCGGUUCGAGCAGCGAGGACGAUGGCAACGCUCAACAGCGCACGGAGAUCGGCGAAAAUAUCGCGGAUGCGUUGGCAAAUGCGAUUCGGCAUUUUUUUUUACAAAACAUUCUCUACCCAUCAAUGCUCGAAUGCAGCGAUGCAGACUGGAGCGCCGUAGCGGUUAUGAGCUAUGUCGAAGCGAUAUUGCUGUCCAUUGAAGAUUCAAGCCCACUGGCCAAUGUUAUCAUUGGCUAUCUUGCAGCAGACGAUGCAUCUCCAAGCAACUUGAAGCAAGAAGACAAGGUCAGGAGGCGCAAAAGCGUUGCGCUUCUGGCGGUGGAAGGGCAGCAUCAGCAGAAUGGCCAGCGACGCACUUCAUACUUCACCGAUGCUUUUGGGCGAUACACCCUCAAGGACCUCAUCUUAGGCCACAUUACUCCAUCGACCCAGCAGGAUGCUCGGACUGCCGCAUUGCGGCUGGCUACAACGCUAUUUGAGCGGCACGGGCGCUUCGCGAUCAAGCACUUGACCGUGCCUGAUUUCGAUGUGAACGCUACCGCUUUCCUCGCGCGUUCCAGGUCGAAGAGGCCACAUGCAAGGCAGUCCAGCGCGAGGGAGCCUCUUGACGAUGCCAACCUUGCCUCAGAGUGGCAAAGUGCUGAGCUGAGCAGAUCAAUCAUGCCGGUGUCGCUGGAUCAGCACUUCGUCGAGAUGCGCAUUUUCUUCGCUCUAAUCGAGUCGAUUGCGGGCUCUGCAGCUUCCAAUUCUUCCUUCGGCUUUGAGCAAUGCUUGUUAGAUGUCGAGGAUGCACUCGGGCGUGAUAGUUUAUUUGCCUUUGGUAUGCAGACAUACGCCGGUGAUCAUCUGCUUUCAUCGGCAGGCGACAGCCUUGCACAUAUGCUCGAUAGCCUUCGACAUCACAUCAAGCCUGCAGACCGCUUCUACCGCACGCUCAUACAGAGCUUGGCAGGUUUCUUCACACAAUCGCCAGAAGUCAACGUCGCUCUCACUGGUCUGCUCGGAGCAUUGAGCCUGUGCCCGUUGCGCGCCAUCGAAGGUUGGCUCGUCUUUUCGCCCGGUGCAUUGAAUAAAGAUGCCGCACCGACACACCAAUCUUCUUUACCAAUCGUCCUAUUCGUGCUUUAUGGGCUCGCCCAGCAGGUCGAUGGGAUACGCAAUUCAAUUCCCGAGUUCGACUCUCUCCUGUCAGAACGCCGCCUUGGGCUCAACUUUGUGGACAACCUGCAAGACGCCAUUGCAGUUGAACAGGAUGACGAAGUCAAUCUAGCUUCCCCGCGGGCAAUGAAGGUCAGCUCGGAUGACCAGAUUGUGGACCAGCAGCAGUUUACGGGCGCUAUGAAGCGGCUAAGCUCGGAUAACAAACAGCGUAAGGGUGUGAAAGUGACGCGAUCCCACUCGUCCGCAGAGUCGGUCAAAGUUGCUGAAGAACCUGAGGUGGCGCCGACGAAGCCACGCGAGGGAUUCAUGCGCUGGUUUGCAGGCAGCGGUGCACGUUCGAAAGGCACUGCGUCCACACUUGCUGAAGACAAAGAAGCCAAUAUCGAAAAAGCGGUUCCCUUUGCACUUCACUAUGCAAAGACAGAUGCGAUCGAAGUGGAAAUGCAGCCUGUAAAGCUUCCGCCAGGUCCUUGGUCGGCCACCGCAGUCAACGGACGCAAGCGCUUGCGGUUCGGUAGUCCGGCUGACACCCCCGACGAGGACCGAAGUGGUGACUCGCAGAUAUUUUACCCUGGCCAGACUAAUGGAGGAGACGAUGAGGUAUCCAGAAGCAAAACUGCGUCACUGUCUGCCAUCUUGGACAACGUCAUCAUUCUCCAAGAGACAAUAAAGGAGCUGGCCGCCAUUGUGCGAACACGCCGCAGCGUUGGCAUCGACGCCGUCGCCAUGCCGUUGUAG